AGUGGCAGCGAGAUUGGACCUUGCUUUGCUUUCGGUGUCAACUGGUGCCAACCCAAAUCGUAAAAGAUAGUAGAAGAAUAAAAAAAAGCAUGUUAUAGAGCUCAAUGUCGUUAACCGUAGCAAGUAAAUUCAACGACAAAAAAUUUGUUGCACCUUGAAUUUGCUUCGCGCAGAGUGCUUUUGCACAAGUCCCAGAUUGUGAUACAAAACAACGAUAAUUUUAUCGAAAUUGCAUUUGCCGUUUAGUCACACUCGUCGGUAACGCCCUAAUAUCCGCAGAUAUUAAUCACUUUGAUGGAGCGGGUGAUAUGAGACAACAAUUUAAAAGGAGGAAAGAAAUAUUAUUUGAAGGAAUAAUAUAUCGAGAUGGACAGCAAGGGGAGGAAGAUUAUUGUUUGCGAUAAUGGUACUGGGUUUUUAAUUGUAGUUUGUCAAAUGUGGAUAUGCCGGUGCAAAUUUUCCAGCUCAUAUAUUUCCAUCUAUUGUCGGACGACCCAUAAUCAGAGCUGUCAAUAAAAUUGGUGAUAUUGAUGUAAAGGAUGUGCUUAACAUGCCUGAUUUGAUGGUUGGCGAUGAAGCGAGUAAACUUCGUUCUAUGUUAGAAAUAAGUUAUCCUAUGCAAAAUGGAAUUGUUAGAAAUUGGGAGGAUAUGUGUCAUGUGUGGGAUUAUACAUUUGGCAAGGAGAAGAUGAAUAUUAAUCCUAGAGAAUGUAAGAUUUUAUUAACCGAACCACCAAUGAAUCCUAUCACGAAUCGAGAAAAAAUGAUCGAGGUGAUGUUUGAAAAGUAUGGUUUUGCUGGAACAUACAUUGCAAUUCAGGCAGUAUUGACAUUAUAUGCUCAAGGACUGAUUAGCGGUGUCGUCGUAGAUUCUGGUGAUGGUGUUACGCACAUUUGUCCUGUGUUUGAGGAGUAUGCUCUGCCACAUUUGACCAGACGACUGGAUAUAGCCGGACGCGACAUUACAAUGUAUCUAAUUAAAUUGCUGUUGCUACGCGGUUAUGCAUUUAAUCACUCGGCCGACUUUGAGACAGUUAGAAUGUUGAAGGAGAAAUUGUGUUAUAUCGGUUACAAUAUAGAAACUGAAGAAAAGCUAGCUCUUGAAACCACUGUAUUGGUAGAAUCCUAUACUCUUCCUGAUGGACGUGUGAUAAAAGUAGGGGGUGAGAGAUUCGCGGCACCGGAAGCACUCUUCCAACCGCACUUAAUUAAUGUCGAAGCACAAGGUAUAGCUGAGUUGGUGUUUAGCACAAUUCAAGCAGCUGAUAUCGAUAUUAGAAGCGAGCUGUACAAACAUAUUGUUCUGAGUGGAGGUAGUACAAUGUAUCCAGGGCUUCCGUCGAGGCUUGAACGAGAAAUUAAGCAACUUUAUCUUCAAAGAGUGCUAAAAAAUGAUAUAACUAAAUUGAAUAAAUUUAAAAUAAAAAUUGAAGACUCACCUCGACGUAAAGACAUGGUUUUCAUGGGUGGUGCUGUACUAGCAGAAAUAACAAAGGAUCGAGAUUCUGUAUGGAUAACGCGUGAAGAAUAUGAAGAAAAGGGUCUCAGUGUAUUAAAAAAAUUAGGCUCUUACGAAUCAUGA